GGGUGGGGGGUGGGGGGUGGUCGCCGGUGUCGGGAUGGAGCUGGCCGUGCUGCUGGCGUUGCUGGGGGCGGCCCGGGCGCUCUCCACGUGCCGUUCGUUGGAUCUGGAGGCGGCGCGGAGGAAACGCAUCGAAGCGGUUCGGGGUCAAAUUUUGAGUAAACUCCGGUUACCGACACCUCCCGCCGAAUCCCCUCCCUGGCCGUUACCGGAGGAGGUGCGGGCCCUUUACAACAGCACCCGGGAGCUGCUGCAGCAAAGGGCGAAGUUGCGCCUGCCCGACGACCCCGAUGAAUAUUAUGCCAAGGAAUUGCAUCGUUUUCCCAUGGAACCGCCCGGAGAAGGCCUGCUGGAGCACUGGCGCCCAACGAGCCACAGCACCUUCUUCAUCUUCAACACGUCACGGGUACGGGCCGAGAUCAAGCACGAGGCACUGCUGCACCGGGCCGAGCUGCGGAUGCUGCGGCAGGGGUCGGGCGCCGAGAACCAGGGGGCCGAGCAGCGCCUCGAGCUCUACCAGGGCUACGGCAACGCCUCGUGGCGGUACCUGCACGGGCGCUCGGUGCAGGUGACAAAGGAGGAGGAGUGGCUCUGGUUCGAUGUCACCGACGUUGUCAAACAGUGGCUCAGCAGCAGCGAGCCCCUGGGCAUGUUCAAGCUGAGCGUCCACUGUCCCUGUGAGCAGGGUCCCGGUGCCACCAACAACAUGCGCAUCACUGUUGAAGGCUUCGAGCAGCAGCGAGGGGACAUGCAGGGCAUCGCCAAGAAGCGCCGGCGGGUGCCCUACGUCCUGGCCAUGUCGCUGCCCCCCGAUCGCGCCAAUGACCUCCACAGCUCCCGCCGCCGCCGCGCCCUUGAUGCUGAAUACUGCUUCGGGACGGAGGAGAAGAACUGCUGCGUGCGGCCGCUGUACAUCGAUUUCCGUAAGGAUCUGCAGUGGAAGUGGAUCCAUGAGCCCAAGGGCUACAUGGCCAACUUCUGCAUGGGGCCCUGUCCCUACAUCUGGAGCGCUGACACCCAGUACACCAAGGUGCUGGCGCUGUACAACCAGCACAACCCAGGGGCUUCGGCGGCGCCGUGCUGCGUCCCCCAGACCCUCGACCCCCUCCCCAUCGUCUACUAUGUGGGGCGCAAGGCCCGGGUGGAACAGCUCUCCAACAUGGUGGUCCGCGCUUGCAAAUGCAGCUGACCCCCCCACAAAAACGCCCCCACCCCAACCCUGGUGCCAUCCUGACACCCCCCCCCCC